AUGGGUAUCUGCACAAAUUGUGAGAAGCGGAACGAGCUAUGUCAGCGCAGGGAUGGACCGAAGAGGCAGUCUGUGCGCUCAUGUCCAGGGGUUCCGUCUUCGGGGAGUGCGUUGCCCGGCGACGCCCCAUUUGUUGGGACAUUGGCGCCAUCUAUAGUUGCUGACAGGACAGAAACGCCCUCUGAGGAAUGUGAGGACGACAAUUCCGGAUGUCCUUCUGAAGAAAUGCAGUCACUGAACCGUGGUUAUCUCGGAAAGCACUCGAUCAUGUCGAUUCAUGGCCCCCUGUCGGCCUCGGCCUCAGCCUCGGCAGGUUCCCUUUCUACACUGCUCGAAAGACAAUGCUUCGUAGCCUCGCAAGCAGAUCAGCUACCAGCGCCCUCGAUGAUCGAGGCCUCAGCCGCUCGCUACUUCAAGUACUUAUAUCAUCGCAUUCCCGUGCUCGACCACCAAGACGUGGAAUGUGCUAACCCUUCGAUACUCUUACUGCGAGCCCUCUGCUUCGUCGGGUCCUUUCUUCGUCAUCCAAAAUCCGCGGAUAGCAUUCAGCAAACCGAGCUAGAAUACGUCAAAGCCAAGAUUUUGUUUUUUCUAAACCAUGAACGUGAUCCCCUCACUAUGCUGAAAGUUUUGUGCACCUUUACUCUUUGGAAUGUCCGACCUGCUUCAGUGGUCACCAUUGACUGCAGCUGGAGUUGGCUUGGCCUCGCAGUAAGCCUUGCUGUGCAGAUGGGUCUGCAUCAAGAGUCAACAUACCUGGAAAGAUCCAUACCAGGUUCCGCUCGUCGGAUAGCGUGGUUCCUUUACUCGCAAGACAAAAUGCUCUCUUCCUGCUUCGGACGGCCUCAAAUUUUAAGAACCGAAGAAUUCGACCUGCGCCCGCUGACAGUGACAGACUUCGCGCUCUCGGAAGGUAGACAGGCUGGCAAAUUUAUCAUCUAUACGCGGUUGGCACAAAUUAUUGCGAAGAUGCUAGACCUCCAGCAACGACAAGACCUCACCACCAACGAAGAGGUGUCAUCAGCGCUUGCAGAUUUCCGAGCUUGGGCUCUCGAGAUGCCGAGCGAUCUUCGGAUCUACAACGAACAAGGUGGCAAGGUCUACCGCCGCGAAAUCUACGAGUACCUUGCAUCUUAUCUUACUCACAUCAUCACGUUCUUUCACCACUUUGGAAAACACUUCCGACCGUCAGUGGUCUCGCGCAUUUCACUGGUGGCUUCAUCCUGUAUGAUCGGCCUAUAUCAAGACAUGGACUGCCGUGACCACAUCAAUUACCUCACAGCCAUCAAUAACUGGUACUUGAUGACAGCCGCAAUUCCUCAACUCAACAACAUCGCCAGAGAAAAUCGAGGCGAGGGCUUCCAAACGGAACCACGAAGGAACAAACCAUCGUCUUUGCAAGACCUUGAUAUCUUACUGGACAUUCUCAAACAACGGACUGUCAAAUUUCCUGGAGCAAAAUCUAUAGUCAACAGGUUGGAGCAGCUGAAACAUGAUGUGCUUUCCCAGUGCGUGGAUUCCAACCUCGCCGCGGUCCCGGCAGAAAGACACUGUUCCGAGCUGGCACUUUUACCACAAGGUGUAAUCACAAAUGUGCAUGAUCUGUUCCCGUUUCCAAAAUCGUUGUCUCCCAGACUGCAAUUGCUGGACGCCAUAGAAGCAGAAUCUGCAACGAAUGUUUUCUUCGACGGGUAUCCCGACUGGUCGUUGGACAACCUCUUCAGCCUCGAUGAUAUCAACCCCAUGGCCCUUGUUGACAUCAACCUCGUGGACUUUGCUUGA